AUGUUCAAGGGUGCAUUGUAUUUACACAUGGGUCAACAUGAAAUUGUCAAAAAACAUCCUGUUAGGAGAUUUACGAGAGUUACCAUUUACGAGAUAGAACAAAUUGAGGCAGACUUUGUAGAGUUAGGUACUGAAAAAUUUGUACAACUUAUAGGAAAACAGAUACACCAAGUUGAAGGUGGUGCCACCAUUUACGAGAUAGAACAAAUUGAGCCAGAAUUUGUAGAGUUAGGUUCUGAAAAAUUAGUACAACUUAUAGGAAAACAGAUACACCAAGUUGAAGGUGGUGCCACCAUUUACGAGAUAGAACAAAUUGAGCCAGAAUUUGUAGAGUUAGGUUCUGAAAAAUUUGUACAACUUAUAGGAAAACAGAUACACCAAGUAAAAGGUGAUGUCCAUUCAAAUGUAUCGACUAAUGCACUAUCGGUUUCUCGGAAGUAUGUGUGUGUUGGCGUAUGUAUAAACUAUCCUAGUAUUUCCACAAGUAGGUAA